CUAGAAGGAUUGCUCCUUAGAGAACGGCGUUUCUUAGGGAUGAGGGCGGCGCAGGGGUUCCUCCUGGUCGAUGAUUUUCUUCAUCGGAUCGGUGAUUACUUUUGGGAGAGACGUCCGAGGUUCAUCGAACGGCGAGGGGGAGUCGAUUAUCAUCCUUUCCUUAGAUGGCAGGGGAAGCACCCUUAUCUGCGAACAGGAUGCAGAUGGGAGCACGAUUUUGGCAACCUGGAGCGGUGGUGUCCAUCGCGGAAUCGACGGCCACUCCACAGAGACAGGCGGCCUAAAUCGAUUGAAGCUAGCGACGAGAGCAGGCGAAUAGUUUUUUGACCUAGGCCAACAGAUCGGAGAAGGCAAUUUUUUCACAGGGGCUCGGCUGACUCUCAGGGUAGGAGACAAGUUCAACUUAGGCGUCCAGUUGAGAUUGAUUUUGCAAAUGUUUCCAUUUUAAAAUUAUUGAUUACAAGGCUGUUCGCAUAACUGAAACCAAGAAUGGAUUGUCAUCUGCUAUAGAUCUUGAUAUUGAUAGGGUUAAUUGGUUGAAGGAUUCCAUACCCAAGAUCGUUCACGGUAAUAGAUUUGGUGCUAGGUUGGAGUUGAAUAAAUCUUUUAUUAUUUUGUACGAUGCUAAUAUCUUUGGAGGAUUUAUUCGAAUUAUUGACAAGGGACGUGAUUCUCUAUUUAUUCCCGAGGGACGAAAUGGAGAGGGGAUUUCGCGUUUUCUUACAGGGAUUAGAAAAGCAAUCACUUCGUUGAGCUCUAGUUCCACAGAACAGUAUUCAGGUGAGCUUUGUUUGGGUAUCAGGGGUCCCAAUGUUGAUUCGGAUUUUCUGCCUUUGGAUAGGGACUAUUCCUAUGUAACUGAGACUUCCAUUUCGGGUAGAUUACUUCAAGGUGAUAUUGAGCAUUUUGAUAAUUCUUUGGACUUGGUUUCUAUUGAUGGUUUUCACAACCUUGAGCAACUUCCUGAAUCUGAUGACUUUGCAAAGCUCAAUGAUUUCAUUCAGACUACUUUAACAAAUGGGGUGGAAUCACUUUCCCGUUUUUUGCUUAAUGAAUUUCAGAGUCUUCUUAUUUCCGCUUUGGGAAAGGGACUCAAUGAGGAUGCAAAUACUUCUAAAACGGGGACUUGCUCAGAGCGAGAGGAUCAUAACAAUAUGGGACUUUUAGAUUCAAGCGAUGGAAUUAGAGGUAGACAAAAUCAUCCGGGAUGGAAUGAUGCAAAUGUUAUUACCAUGGGCAACCUUUUUGAAGACUUUGAGGGAGUUUAUGGUGGUUCAGAAUCUAUAUUUUCGGGUGAUGAAUUUCUUGGUCAUGCAUCGGAGAAUGAGAAGAGAACUCCCAUCUCGACCGUGGGGGGCCUUUGGGACUCAGAUACCAAUGAGGUUAUUUGUAAAAAGGCUCUGUUGGUCACGCCAGAAAAUUGUCUACCCACUCAAAAUUUAAGCACCCAAAAAAGAUUAAACAGAAAGAAGAAUCAACGGUCUCAUCUUAUGAGAACUAGAUCUCAAUCAAGAACAGAGCUAUGAAGAUCUGACUAAGGGAUUAAGAGCAUUUUGAGAGGGAUCAUGAAAUACUUUGGGUUGGGUAUUUUAGCUUAGAUCCUUUUUUUAUUUUAUUUCUGUUUGUUUUCUUUGUACCUUCUGUUUUUUGUUUUAAUAAAAUCUUUUAUUUGCAAAAAAAAAAAAAGAUACACAUGUCUCGAUCUUGAGGGGACAAAUGUGAUAUUACUUAUCUAUUUUAAUUCACAAGGUCUACCAAA